CGUGCGGUUAACAGUGAGUGAAGAGAGGAGAAAAUUCGGCAGCUAGGAAAAGGAGUCUUUUUUCGGCAGCGCAGCAGGAUUCAGAAGGAGUUCAAUUGAUUGGAGGAAAUAACAGCGAGCAGCUAACGUGAAAAUGUUUCGCUUGUUACUGCUACUGGCGCUGCUGGCGUCACCGACCCUCACCCAGAAAGCGGACAAGCGUCGUGCCUUCUACCGCCGGUCCACUACUACCACAGCUGUCCCCGUGCCGGACGAUGAUGACAUUGGCAGUACGGAAGCCAAACAAUCCGAAAACCAGCCCGGCGAAGGUCUGUAUACUGUAAGCGAUUCCUUUGCCAUCAGCGGUGGAUCCUCUUCGUCGUCCUCGUCCGGGGAUAGCAUUGGCAAGGGAAGCUCCUUCAAGCCGAUCACGACCAGUGGAGAUAAACAGACGUCAUUCGCGGAGUACAAUUUUGGCGGCACGAAGCUUUCCGACACCAGUGACUCAAGCUCGGACGAAGAUUACGGGUUCAAAAACCACAAAGCCCACACAAGCACGCACAGCAACGGUUUCAAACCGAGCGGAACGUUUGACUUUCUGAACAAUGACUAUACCCGAACUUCCCUGGACACUAAACCGAAAACUUCCGUAACCAGUAAAUUCUCUAUUUCCCAUCCAACUCCCACGAAAACAUCAUUCACGGGUAGGUUAGACUACUUGGACGAUUCCACGGAGUAUGACGUGUACUCGAAUUUGAAAACCGGCAGCCACUACAAAGCCCUGCAGAAAAAUCUGGCCGGGGCGACUGGUUCACCAUUUUCGACCUUUUCAGGUUCAUCACUGAGCUUCGACGGCAAGGUGAAAAAGCUACCCCCCAGCUACGAAGACUAUGGACUUGGAUCGACGCCUACUAAGCACAAGAAGAACAAACUCUCACUUGACGACGACACGUUCGGUGGAACCGGCUCCUAUGGCAUCGGUAGCACUUUCGGUGUCGGUAAGAUAGAAAAUUUCUUUUCCAGUGGUGGUAAAAAAAAGAAUCCUUACGGAUUCGGUGAACCACCGCUGGUGAAAUCUGCUGUAUCGACACUGAAACAUUUUGGUGAGGGACUUUUAGGUAAACCUGAGAAAGCAUCUUCUUACGACUACGAUAGUGACGAGGGUGGUUUUGGAAGCCAGAAAUUCAAACCGUUUGGCAAGGGUGGCAGUUUGACGAACAACUUUCAGCUAGACGAUAGCGAUGAAUCCGACGAACAUGCAUACGUUAAGCAAAAGUUUCCAAAACCGCACUCAUCCUACGGCCCCAAACCGCAGAAGCCCAUCACUCCAGAGUACGAGAGCGACUUCGAUGUGAAAAACAUCAAGCUGCCCGGCGCUCACAACAACUUCCGACCACACACACGUACUAAACAUACCCAACACAAAUCCAAACAACACGGUUCCGCCAUUGACAAUCCCAAUCCGCUUGAGUUCCGACCUAACUUUAAGUUGCAAGAUGUACCCAAUCUGUAUCCCGACGAACAUAUAGGUGCCGGCAUCGCAGCCAAGGGACAGAUCGAAAACUUCCUCAAUUCCGAGCAUGCGUUCAAAGGCGAAAACAUCCGGACGACACACUACCUGGAUGGACACCCGGGCAAAAAACCUACCUACCAGCAGUACCUGAAAAGUCAGGAGGACGAAAAACUCGAGAAGGAAGCACUGAAGGCACAGAUCGAAUACCUGAAGGCGCAGGCAGCCAAACGUCCGGCAGAGCUUAGACAGCGUCCACCGGGUCCUGCACCGUUCCCGCAACAUUCGCUCGGACCGGCGCCUUCGCGACCCCGAGGCCGACCGGUACGACGUAUCCCCGGCGCACACGUUCCACUGGGGGUCAAGGGACCGGGACUGCCACCGAGGAUUCCACACUACAACGACCGGCCCUACAGUAUUAGUUUUAAGCUUUAAGUGAUUGUUGAGAGAGUCAGCUGGACUUGAUACUUAGUGCAAUUUGCGUUGUGUUUCUAGCGUUAGCGAGCUGUAGUUAGUAGUCCAAGAUUUUAGCAUUAAUUUAUUUAUUUAAUGUAGCUUCUAGGAAGAAAUUUUGACUGUGGACAGUAAAAUUCGAGAAUCUAA